AUAACACCGUUUUGAGGUAUACACUGUUGCCUUUAGCCAUGUUAUUGUUUUCAUACCAUAAAUCUUCUACGGAAAGGACAGUAAUGUGUCUAUAAACAUGAACGACAUGAACCUCAGCCCAGUGGGCAUGGAGCAGCUCAGUGUGACCCCAGUGAGUGCAAGUCACCUCUGCCUUCCUACGUCCCCAACCCACAAUUCCAUCACUACUCCAGGCAUGCCAGUCGCUAUUCCCAGCUUGGGUCCUUCACUUGGGCCGCUUCCCUCCGCCCUGUCCCUAAUGCUGCCCAUGGGUCCUUUAGCUGACAGAAGUGUAAUGUGUGGCCUUCCAGAGAGAAAUUAUACAUUACCACCUCCUCCGUACCCUCACCUGGAGAGUAGCUACUUCAGACACAUCCUUCCAGGUAUUCUGUCAUAUCUGGCAGAUCGUCCUCCACCCCAGUACAUCCACCCUAGCAGCCUUAACAUAGAUGGAACACUUUCAGCGUCCAACAACAACCCCUCUGGCUUGGACCCAUACAGUGGCCCAGGUGGCCCCCUGGAACAAGACCUGGUGUCCUUAGACUCCAGGCAGGUAGGAGGCCAGCCUGAUCUCCACCAUGGAGGCUCUCAAGAGGUACAGCUUGACACCACCGGACUAACCAUGGAAUCGCGUGUGAGCAGUCCCAUGUCACCUGAUGGAAUGGAAGAGGACUUGGCCACCAUGGAGGGUGUAGUGGUGGCAGAGACUCAGCAGCAGCUUGGCACCAGACCUCAGCCUCAUGAGGGCUUGGCUGACAUGGACUCUUCAGGAGGGGUUAUGCCCCUGCAUGGAGCGGGGCUAGAGCUGCCUGUGGUGAUGGAACAGGAACAUAUGGGUGGCAGAGUAGGAACGAACACUACAGGGGCCGGUGGUCCAGGGACUCUGGGUGAAGCCUUGCACUCUACUGGAGAAAUGAACUCUGGGGUGGUUAGCGUGGUGCUUACUGGGGCCAUGCCCCAACAGGUUCAGUUAGAACCUGUAACUCUUCAUGGACCUUCAGGUAUGGGAUUGGAACCUGUCAACGUGUCAUCUAUUACUGCAGAGGUGUCUCUAGGACCUGACAAUAGUCUGGUGCUGGUAAACUCUUCAUUGCAACUAGACAAUUCAACCUCCAAUAAGGAAAACAUGGCCACUGCCUUCAACACUUGGUGCACUUUGUGUGAGCGGUCAUAUCCCUCCGACUGCCCUGAGCAUGGGCCUGUUACAUUCAUACCAGACACGCCCAUUCAGAGUAGAGCCCGCCUCUCACUGCCCCGCCCUCUGUGCCUCCGUAUUUCUGUAGCUGAUGAACCUAUUGGUGUGUUUGCUAGAGAGGCCAUACCCUCCCGGACCUGCUUUGGGCCUAUGGUUGGACAGCACUGUAGCAGUGUAGAACUUACAGACUGGCCUGACAAGGACACCCCUCAGAUAUGGAAGAUGUUCCACAAUGAUAUCCAAGAGUUCUGCAUCGUGACGACAGAUGAGCAUGAGUGCAACUGGAUGAUGUUUGUUCAAAAAGCAAGGACUACAGAGGAGCAGAAUAUGGUGGCAUAUAUUGACAAAGGAAAGCUUUAUUUCUGCACAUCCAGAGAGAUUCUACCUGAUCAGGAGCUGUUGUUCUAUUACAGCAGGGAGUACAGCAGACAACUAGGUGUACCCAGAGUGCCAGAGGGCCAGAUCUGUGACUGUGGAAAAGACUGUGCCUCUUUCACAGAAUUUAAAUCUCAACUCACCAACCACACCCAAAGGCAUAGCCCAACCCAAGACCACCCUUCUCACUCCGCCCAAAGACAAUCCCAGUCACACGACAAGAUGAGCAAUGAGCCAUCCAGAUCCACCUCCUCUCCACAGUGGCAGUGCCACUUAGAUGUGAAUGAACAUUCAAGCAGCAAUGGGCACACUCACGGUCGGGAGAGGAAGUUUAAAUGCAGCAUGUGCACAAGGGCGUUCACCACAUCUACUAAGCUAAAUGUGCAUUUCAUGGGCCACAUGGGCAUGAGACCACACAAGUGCAGCUACUGCAGCAAAGCGUUUAGUGAUCCCAGCAAUCUAAGAAAGCACCUGAGAAUACACACAGGUCAGAAGAACUUCAGAUGUACUAUAUGCGGGAAGUCUUUUACUCAGAAAUCACACGUGGAAUCUCAUAUGGUUAUACACACAGGUUCCAAGAACAUUAAGUGUGACCAUUGUGAAAAGUUGUUUUUUCGGAAACAAGACCUCAAACAGCACAUGUAUUCACAUUCAUUAGACCGCCAGAUUACCUGCCCAAAGUGUGACAAACAGUUCUUGAAGACUGACCAUCUCAAAAAACACUUAAACUCUCACGAAGGGAAACGAGACUUCAUCUGUGAAAAGUGCAACAAGGCCUUUCUCACUAAAUAUCAUCUCACACGCCACCUCAAAAUCUGCAAGGGUCCUAAAACCGGCCAAGGGGCAGUGCAGGGAGAAGAUGACGAAGAUGAGGAGGAUGAGGAAGAAGAGAGUGAGUCUGAAGGACACAUCAAUCCAGCGUAUUCUUCAGAUAAAAUGCUGUAACUUUACCCUGGAAUGUAAUUGGAUGAAUUCAAACCUUUGUUUAGCCUAUUUAUUUAUCUAUCUCUUUUGCUCUUUUUGUUCUGCCAUCAGCCUUUAAUUCCUUUUGCCAAAAUCAUUGUAUCCAUUUGUCAACUGGCCAACAGAUCACAGAAAUAUAAUUAUAUUAAAAUAAGGAAAAUUAUUAAUUAAAGGUUUUAACUCGUGUCACUGUUUAAUUGGCAAAUUGUUUGUCAAAAAUAAAUGAAAAAUACUGACUUUCUGUCUUUAAGGGGUCAUGAUAUGAGGAAUAAAAUUUUCCUUGAUCUUUUGAAAUAUAAGAGGUCAUUGUACCAUGAAAACUUACUGUUAGUUUCAGAACUCAAAACAUCCUCCUCUCUGUAAAAAGAGCAUUUGUUGAAACCAAGCUGCCAAAACAGUUUAUUCUCUACUUCCUCCAUUGUGAUGUCACACAGUGGCAGACAUUUCAUCAGACCGCCUCCACAACAACACACCAAUGGCAACUUUAGCUUUUUACUUCCAUAGUCCCACCCAGUAGUUUAUUUUAUUUUAUUUAUUUAUUGCUUUAAUCAGUACAACAUUACAGUCAAACCAACUGAGAAAAAAGGAAAUAAAAGAAAGAAAGAAAAAUAACUUACAAAAGGUUAUAUAGACCAUGUACAGAACACAUCAGGCAAUAAAUUAUACAGUAUACGAUGCAUAUAAAAUUAAGAUUCAAAAGGGGAUAUUCAAGGCAUUAUAAAAGUUGCUCUUUUCUAUUUUUUAUUCAUGUUUGCAUAUUAAAAUAAUUUAUUUCUAAUUUUAAGUGUGUGAAAUUUGGUUUCUGUAAUGACCAUUUUCAUUUAUGAAUAAACAUUUUU